AUGCCUCCUCCAUCCACAUUCGUGCCCAAACUCAAAGUCCAACUCAAGCUCGCCAUCGCCCGCCUACGCAUGGUCCAAAAGCGUGAUGAGGCCCUCGCCAAAACCCAACGCCGCGCUAUGGCAACACUCCUCGAGCAGGGCAAAAUCGACUCAGCUCGCAUCCGUGUCGAGAACAUCAUCCGCUCUGACGUCACCACCGAGCUGCACGAGAUCCUCGAGCUGUACUGCGAGCUGCUCCUAGCCAGGGCCGGGUUGUUGGAUACCUCUUCCGCGGCUGCUGGGGGGCCUGGCGCGGGUGCGGGCGCGGUCGGGUGUGAUCCUGGUCUGGAGGAAGCCGUCAAGAGCAUCAUCUAUGCGGCCCCACGGACGGAGAUUAAGGAGCUGACUACCGUGCGCACGUUGUUGGCGGAACGGUUCGGCAAGGAGUUUGUCCUACAGGCGAUGGAGAAUGAGGGCGGUGGGGUGAGUGAGAGGGUGGUGAAGAAGUUGAGUGUGACGCCGCCGCGUGAGGAAUUGGUACAGGGGUACUUGGAGGAGAUUGCGAAGGCGUAUGGGGUUGAUUGGCCACCGGGGAGGCGGGAGAAGGAGAAGCUAGGAGAGGCGCCUGAGUUUGUGGACGGGGAAGAGGGAGGAAAUGGUGAGGAAAGUGAUGGGGAAGGAGGGGGUCAGAGAGCGAAGCAGCAGUUGGAGGCGCCGUUGUCGGGGGAAGCGGAAGGGGAUGGGGAGGCUGAUGCGAGAGCACAGCUAAGCAAGGCCACGCCGCCGAAGGACUUUGGCCCUGCAAGCCCGCUGCAUGUCAACCCGCCGAGCGCGACGACAGAUAACAUUCACCCGAAGGUGACGCUCAACAAGGUGGAAUUGACACCUACGAAGAAGCCGGUUUCCGCUCCGGUUAACAGGAAACCGGCGGAGAAAAAGCCGAGUAUUUCAGACGGCAUUCCUGAUGUUGAUGAGUUGGCGAAGAGGUUUGCGGCGUUGAAGAGGUAG